AUGCGUUCAACGUCGUGUGUCGAAAAUCGCCGUCAAGGGGUCUCUUCUUCUGGGAAGAGUCAUGAGAAUGGCAUGUUUGUCUUUGAUGCCAAACCAUCUACCGGUGCACCUGAGGCUGCCCCUGCUCCGGUGCGGGGGGAGGAUUCUGAAAUUAAAGCCUUGAGAGAUAGAGUCCGGGCUUUGGAGAGUGCGUUGGCUACGUCCGCGUCGGGAUCUUUUAGUCGCCAAUGCGGUCCGGGUGUGGAUCGUGAAGAGGAAAAUCGGGAUGAUGAUGAUAUCCAACCUCUCGCGGAGAACUGCUUUCGCAGGAAGAAUGGCAAGACUCGUUUCUAUGGUAGAUCCCAUUGGAUAUUGACCAUGUCGCAUUUUCAUGAUGUACGGGAGUUCUUGGAAUUUGUCCAUCAGACGAAGCGGAAAUCCGCCGGAGAAUCUCAAUCAGAGUAUCGCAAGUUGAAGCAGCUCAAGGCUGAGAUCUCUUCCAAAGAGCGGCAAGAGUAUCAGUUACCGUCGCAUUUGCAGGCUUUCCGGCUGCAUGAAAUUCUUCCGGGGCGCGAGAUUGCAGAUCAGUUGCUCCAUCUGUACCUGUCCACUUUUGAAACUACCUAUCGUGUCUUGCAUGUUCCCAAGUUUCUCGAAGAGUAUAAUGCUUACUGGGCGGGAUCGCAAGAGGCAAAUGGCGCGUUUACCGCUAAGCUCUUAGCCUUAAUGGCAUGUAGCACUUGCUUUUACAAUCCCGGUGAUGGAGAAAGUCUAGAGGCGGAAGUGUCGCUGAACAAGACAGCCCAUGGAUGGGCAUUGGCGGUGCAGUCGUGGGUCUUUUCUACGCUGGGUAAGGAGCGGAUCAAUAUAGACACGGUACAGAUCCAGUGUCUUCUUCGAAUUGCCGGCGAGGCCAAUGGGUUCGAAGGAGAAUUGGGAUGGGUUUCAUCUGGUUCUCUGGUGAGAAAUGCGAUGAUGAUGGGUCUGCAUCGGGACCCCUGUCAUUUCCCAAAGGUCUCCAAGUACUAUGCGGAGAUCCGCCGGCGUCUUUGGACUACGAUUGUCGAAUUGGAUAUGCAGGCCGCUCUUCGAAAUGGAAUGCCCCCUUCCAUCUCCCUUGACAGCUACGAUACAGUGUUGCCUGUCAAUAUAGAUGAUGAAAAAUUAUCCGAGACAAUGGUCGACGAUCCUGUUCCGACCGAUCUCGCUACUAAUUUUACUAGGACGUCCUUUCAGCUCAUUCUGGCCCAAUCGUUUCCAAUUCGAACGCGAAUUUCGAAACUAGUCAACGCCAUGAAGUUUGACUUGGACUACGACGAAGCUUUGGAGUUGAGCCAAGCUCUUAUCGAGAAACUGCAUACAGUGCCAUUUUAUUUUCGGGAUGACGGGAAUAUCAAAUCUCUCCAUGGCGUCCCUAAUAGUUUCACUUUUCCAAUCUCUCUCCUCCGCCUUGUGAUACACCAGUCUCUACUAGUCCUCCAUCGGCCGUUUGCGUUUGGAUCUUCCAAAGGCCGGGGAGGUCCAGCGCGGUUCUUCUACUCUCGGAAAAUCUGCACGGAGUCUUGCCUGGCGCUACUGGCACCCCUCACCUCUGUGGCUCCUGAUUUCCCUCGAUUCUCUCCCCAGAUCCUGCGCCUGAAAGGCAGAAUGCUUCAAGAGGAAUUGUUGCAUGCAGCGCUUACAAUCUGUCUCGAGCUUAAGUCGGCUACUGAUGACAUUGGCUUGCCGGCCCUCCCAUCGGACGGAAACAUGAUCCGAACGUCAUUCGGCGAAUUCACGGAUUCUCAACGGGAAAUCAUGAUUCGGGCUGUCGAAAGCACUAUUGACUAUUUCGCAAAUAAGAUCCAACGGGACAAGGAGGGAGGCAAGAGUUUUCUUUUUCUAUGUCUUGCAUUAGCGUCGGCCAAGCGCCGGCUUUUCCACCCAGCCACGCAGGUCAUUCCUUAUUUCCAAGCCGUCUGCAUAAGAGGGAUAAUGCAGAACAAGGCCUUAUUGGGCGGCGCCUCCUGGGUUGAACUUAAGCAUGAUGUGGAUAAUUGUACUUUUCAGCCCGGCGUUGUCAAUAAUGAACCAGACGGGACUUAUGCAGGGAAAGGACAGGGGGAGAUGCUGCGAACGCCAGCGACAUCGCUGGACGAAAGUUUUUUCCUCGACUUUGAUGUAAGCAAUCUCAUCGAUAUACCUGAAUUUGGGAUAUCAGACCUUCAAAGUCUUGAGUUCCUGUGA